AUGGAGCGGCGAGGCAUUGACGAGCUCGAGCAAGACACGGCGGGCGCCGAGGACCUGAGUCCCGACGAGAUCACGGCGCUCCUGUUUCCUGUCGCGUGGCAAAGCUACCAUCGAUUUGCGGUCGCGUACUCGAAGCUAGCGCUGCGCGGCUGGGUCAAGCAGCCGUCGCCGUCGUGCGCAGCCGCGUCAUUAGCGGGCGCUUUGAACACGUUGCACGAAUACGGUCGCGACCACCCGGCAGCCUUCUCCACGCGCCAUGUCCUCGAUGUCUACUGCCAUCUCUUCCGCGACAAGAUCAACCGGCAACGCGCGCAGCUCGAGACGCUGCUGGCGCACAGCCUCGCGUCGCUCGAAGCGGCCGUGGAGCAGUCGUUGGCGGCCGAGGGUCUCCGGCUCGGCGGAGUCGGAGACGCCAAAGUCUCCAAGAAAAGUCGUCGACGACACGUUGCAGCGUGCGUGGCGCACCUUGCGUCGGACGAAACCAGUGUAUUCCGGGCCCUUACAAGCGCAGUCGUUGCAGUCGAGGAUGCUGCUGCGACGCCAGACGACGCUGGCGACGACGACGCCGUUGCGACCGAGCUCUCACUGGGAAGCGACCGAUGGCGGCCGGCGCUCGAUACCUAUUUCCAUCGCCUCGACGGCCUCGCCAAGCUCGAGCGCGACGACAAGCCGAGCACCGCGAUCUGUGGCAACCACACGCUCCUGGAAGCUGCCAACUACAUCUUCAGCACGUCACCACCAGCCUCCGCGAGCCGGCUGGCGACGCUGAAAGGACGCCAUUUCAUGGGCAAGUCGCUUCGAGGCGUCCAGGUCGAGUGUGUUGCGAGCGCAAGCGACAACAACACCGGGCGUCUUGAGGUGCUUUGGCGCGCGCUCUGGGCGGCGUUCACCGACGACAACACAGUGCUUCUCUUCCACUUGACCAACCACUAUGCCCUCCUCUUUGCGCUGCGCGAGUGGGUCGACGAGACAAGCGGCCACGUGCGGCAGGUGCUCACGGCGCGAAAGGGCCAGCGACCCACCGCCUGGAUCGACUUUGACGACGUCCACCGCAUGCUUUGCGGCUGGGGCGGCUACCGCAUCCUUGCAUUUCAACGAACGACGACGAGAGUCUAG